AUGUCUUCCUCGAAGUUCAAUGUGCCAUCGGGGCCAAAUGAUGCGCCCUCCAAGGAGUUUCAAGAGUUACUAGACGGCAACAAGGAGCGAAAUGGAGAAUUGGCGGGGGCUCUAGCAGGUUCUGAGGGACUGCCGAAGUGGAAUUAUCCACCUGGGGCUAUAAAAACGAUCAAAAAAGCGCGACAAGAAGCAUCGAAAUAUCGUGAUUCUCUCAGCGCGGAGCUUACAAAACUACUCGAGUGGCCUACUCCAGAGGAGGCCCAUGCAGACUUCUUCUACCAAGCAGCCCCGCCCAAUAAUGUAUUCAAUCGAAACAAAAAUUGGUUCAAUGAGGAAAAGUUUCACUCUUUCGAGACUCAAUACUCGUUCUCGGAUCGGUGGGACAAGCAGCCUCUCACGGCGGCAAUCUACUGCACCGGCGCUGCUGACUUCAUUCCUUGGUACUCGCAAACUGCUGUUCACAGAGCCAGGCAAAAGAACGCCAUUAUCAUAGCACCAAACUACCCUCUCGGGCCAGAAGGCAACUACGUUGACAUAUACGAGGCAAUAUUCGAUUUCCUCAGAUGGUAUAAAGAGGACGGUUACUUCGGGAAGGACUGGACAGAUAAAAAAGAUGAUGAAAACAAGUCUUGGCAGGAAUGGCUACGUGGCGAGGUCGCAAAGAAGGGCGGCAAGCUCGCCAUCGCCAAAGAUCAAGUGUACGUCGAAGGUGAAAGCGCAGGCGCACAUGCAGCCGUGACUGCGAUGUGGCUCAAUGCGACGAUAGAUGGAGGAAUGAAGAUACCCAUUCAAGCGGCCCUUUUGCGGUUCCCCAUGAUUGCGCAUUACAAACGCAAAUUCAAAGAGGGAGAGGACGUUCCCUACAUGGGUCCAAAAUACGACCAGACGAUUAUUAAAGACCAAGCUGAAGCAGUAGCGAAGGAAAUUCUCAAACUCGAGAGAUGGGGUGUUGUGCCAACUUGUACAGGGAGGCCGCCUCCUCGUGGCAUGGCCUUCGCGGUCUUCCUAUCCGUGACAGGAAAAUGGCAGCCGUCCUUUCAGCGCCAGCACGGAGACCCUACGCUAGACAAGAAACCACGCGUCGAUGAUGAAGGCAACAUCCACGAAACUCUCAUGGAUGGAAUCGAGAGAGCCGAAAUAUGCGCAAACAGAGUGGAUGCUAAUUUCCUUCCGCCCAUCUACAUUUAUCACGGCCAUAAUGACACCAACUGUCCCCUCACGGACACCGAGAAGUUUGUUGAGACGCUCCAGGAUCACGACCUCUAUGGCGAUAGAUUCAAGGACGAGGAAACGCUUUGCUUGAAUGUCGUUCGGGAGUUGAACAAGAAGCCCGUGUCAGAUCCAGACGCCGCCAACAGAUUGAAGUAUGUUCGGACCGAUGAAGUGCGGCACGGUUUUGAUUACUACCUGAACGAGAAUGAAGAGCAGUUUCUGAAGGACGCGUACGACUGGGUUGGCAGUCGUUGGGGUCCUCAGGAGUGA